AUGACAGACAGUUAAAAAUCUACUAAUUCCUAAUCUUAACUUCAGUUCAGUAAAUUUAGGGGUUUAAACUGUCUCUAUAGCCACCAAACUGUUCCCAUGGCCAAAAACGGAAUUCUCAUUGAAAUAUUUGUGAAUAUGAUAUUAAUAAAGCACUUGAGUCUCAGAUGUACAGGAGAAGCCCUUGAAUGCUUGACCAAGGAUAAAACCCACGCUACACGAGAAAAUGGAGGAGAAAGGUUGCCUUGGUUUUUUAUAGUUCACAGCACCUACUACAAGUGUAGUAAAUGAAGCAGAAGCAAUUUAAAGACGGGCUUGUCAUAUUUGAGUACAAUGACAUUGAAAGGACCAGACCUGAAAAAAACUGGGAUUCUGAAGCAAUUGCCUGAAACACCACUGCCAAGAAUAAGCAACCCUUCAGGUCAUGAUCGUAGGCAUUCAGUGAUGAUUGUACCACCUUCACAUAGGAGGUAUUCUAUAAACCCAAUCAAUGCAAGACGUACAAGUCGUAAUUUGUCAAUAUUUUCCCUCCAGUCCAACGCACUGACAACUUUUACUGGUUUGCCGAUUGCCCCACAACCUAAGAUCGAAGUGGAGAAUACAUACAAGCUUGAACCGGAUGAAGGGAAACAGUUUAAAGCUCAUAUUGUCCGCAAAGCAGCUCAGGAGGUUCUGGACGAAAUUUUGGCCGAAACGGAUUACAUGACAAAGACCGGUGAAAGAAAGAAAGGAUUUAAACAGUGGAGCAAAGCAUCUGAUUCGUCAGAAGGGGGAAGGCUGGCAAAAAUACUUGUGAGUGAAGUAACUGACAAAGUUAAAACACUGGGCAUGGAUAGGUACAAGUUUGUUGUUAAUGCAUUUGUUGGUGAAUGUAAAGGACAAGGCUUAUUAAUAGCAAGCAGGGGGUUGUGGGACACCAGCACAGAUGGACACGUUACAGUUGAAUGUAAAACUGCAACACAUUUUGCUGUAGUGGUUGUUCACGCUGUGUAUUAUGAGUGAAUGAGUAACACAAAUUUUUGGGAGAAAAAUAAUCAU